AGUUUUCAGGUUUGAUUGAGAUUGGGGGUUACAUUCAUUCAUUGGUGAAAACAUGAAGGGAGCUGCGCUUGUGGCUUUUGCUGCUACAAUUGGUAACUUUCUGCAAGGAUGGGACAAUGCUACAAUUGCUGGGGCUAUUGUUUACAUCACGGAAGAUUUUGAUUUAGGUAGCUCGGUAGAAGGUCUUGUUGUGGCCAUGUCACUCAUCGGGGCAACAGUUAUUACAACAUGCUCAGGAGCCACAUCAAAUUGGCUUGGUCGGAGGCCAAUGCUAAUAGCAUCAUCAGUUCUUUAUUUUGUGAGUGGCUUGGUGAUGUUGUGGUCACCCAAUGUGUAUGUACUAUGUCUUGCAAGGCUAUUAGAUGGAUUUGGAAUUGGUUUAGCGGUUACUCUUGUCCCAGUCUACAUAUCCGAGACCGCCCCAUCAGAUAUUAGGGGAUCGUUGAAUACUCUUCCACAGUUCCUUGGUUCAGGAGGCAUGUUUUUGUCAUAUUGUAUGGUUUUCGGGAUGUCACUUUGGCGAUUUGAACCAUUUGAUUUCUGCUACCAUGUCUGGUGUGACUUGCAGAAAAAGUUUGAUGCAUCGGUUUUCAAAAUAGCUUGCGCCCAGGCUGCAAAGAAUAAAUGGGUGGACUUUGGAAAGAAACUAGUGACCAGAAAGGUUUCUCAAGCCUCUAAACUUGAAAGAGUGAUCCCAGGAAUUGAGCUGGUGCGGUUAGCAUCAUGGUGUUUGCAGUAUGAACCUCGUGAGAGGCCAAAUGCCAAGUCUCUUGUGACUGCCCUUGUUCUUCAAAAGGAAACUUCAUUGAAGCGAAAAGAUAUUAUACCAGCUUUUGUUUCAUGUAUAGGUAGUUAG